AUGCCCUUCACAGCUAAGUUACGCUUCGGCAGCGAAGGAAGCCGGGGCAGCUCGCUGGCGCAGGCUCCUACAGACCAGGAAUCAACGACCAUCCUCGAAACUUUGUUCGUUAUAUUUUUGCUGCCCUCGCCGGGAAUAUGCCAACAUGCUAUUCUGACCAUGGUUCUGUACUUGGGAAGAUAUGGCAGCCCAUACAAUGCAACGGACAGUUGGGGAAUUGUCUAUCAGGACUAUGAGUAUCUGUUUGACGAGGAACCACUUGCAACGCGGACUGUGAAAUAUGAACUGUAG